AAUCAGCUGAUCUAUAUAAACAACAUAAACAGCUGGUCUUGGCAUGGAGAACCACAACCAGCGUAGCCAGACCUGCUUUACAAAGUUGAUUUUAGACAAAGAAUGUAUCCAUGUAAUGCCACCGUUAGAGAGGCCCUUUUAACCCUCAGAAAGUUAUAUUUAGAUGGGCGGCGCGUGGAGAGGUCUGCGUUGUGGGUGGCUGGUGGAUCAACAAUUCAAAAACGGCAGCUCACUGAAUACCUGGCCGGCUCGACCCCAAGGAUCUUGUCUGAAAGGGUCAACAAAAACCACACCAUGACUGCUCCAAUCCCCAUAGUGCGCCGAGGGGUUUCUCUUGCUCCGAUUUCCUUAGGCUCCUUCAGUUCAGGUUAUGAUCGACCCUUUACUCCCUCACCAAUGCCCUCACCUCCAUCAUCCCCUCCAGCACCAAGUUCUCCAUCAGGUCUCUUACAAGCUACUAAAGAUGCAUUAAAAAAAGCAGUAUCAAGGCGUGACUCUAAAACCAGCGUCAUGGUAAUUGAUGAUGACAUGCGGGAUAUGUGUUACUUCUACUCCCGACUUGGCACAGAUGAACGAUCAGACUUUUUAAUAUACAUGGCCACCACACUGUCUACCAACCAUAAAGCUCUUCAUGAUCUUAUCCAACAGAAACCAAAGCUUGAUGUGGAUGCCGAGGACACAGUUGCUCAACUUUUGAGGUGGGAGGACCGUUUACGUCUUGCCGUUCAGCCGCCACAUCACUGGGUUUUCUCGCAAAUAUCCCGACUCUCUGGAGGGGUCAAGUUUUUAGUGGAUAUGCGUCAAGAUUUAUUAAGCACAUUAUAUAGCAAGGCUUCAGAACCGUGUCAUUCUGCAGUCCUCAAGACCUUGGACUCCACCCUGCGAGAACUCCUUUCUCUUUGGUUUACUGUUGGACUUUUAAAUGUUCAGCGAAUUACUUGGGAGUCCCCAUGUAAUAUGUUACAAAAGGUAUCAGAAUAUGAAGCUGUUCAUCCUGUCCGUAACUGGACUGACUUGAAGCGCCGUGUGGGCCUUUAUCGCAGAUGCUUCAUAUUCACUCACUCAUGUAUGCCAAAGGAGCCUCUUGUAGUGCUACACAUCUUUCUUACAAAUGAAAUAUCUAAGUCAAUGGCCAAAAUACUGCAAACUUCAAGAGCUUCUUCCUUUGAUGAAGCCAUCGUGAGCAAGGAGAGUGAAGAGCCUUCAUUAAUCAACACAGCCAUCUUCUACUCUAUAGCAUCCACACAGAAGGGACUACAGGGCAUUGAACUUGGAAAUUACCUAAUCAAAAGAGUUGUACAUGAAUUGAAAGCAGAGUUUCCAAGCAUGUCUCAGUUUUCCAGUCUCUCACCCAUACCCGGUUUUGUCAAGUGGCUGAAUGGAAUGAUGGCAAGAGCACAGAGAGGUGAAGCUCAAAUAUUUACAGAAACUGAGCUAAGUACUCUGCAAAGUAGCCUGGAGUUGGAAUCAUUUGCACAAGUAUAUGAUCGUCUUCGGAAACUGUUCACAACAAAUGGCUGGGUCGAGGAAUUGGAGAUGGUGGAGGCUUUAGAAGUUCCUCUAAUGAGGCUGUGUGCAUAUUACCUUUUUUUAGAAAAAAGAAGAGGAUAUGCUCUUGACAGUGUAGCAAACUUUCACCUGAAAAAUGGAGCGGUUAUGUGGCGCAUCAACUGGCUUGCUGACCGUUCGCCGCGUGGCCUUGCAAACUCAUGUGGCAUCAUGGUCAACUACAGGUAUUUCUUGGAGGAGUGUGAGAAUAAUAGUCGGACUUAUCUGGAGACCACGAGGAUCACUGCGUCAGACUCAGUGAUGUUCCUGGCAAGAACUGCUGAAAAGAUUUUGAAGGACAGUCUAACUGGCUCAGCUUCUCCUCCAGAGUUUUCUAGAACUGUAUCAGCACCUGCCAUUACUAUUACCCCAGAUUCAAAGAUUUAAUUUAUUACUAAAUAUAAGAUGGGGUUAUAUAUUUGAAAUGGAUAACUUCAAAGUAGUGUACAGUAUAAGUAAACUAUAGGGUGUAUAUAUUUUCGGUGUUAAAGAAUUUGUUAAGAUAUGUUAAGAUAAAUAAUAUUGCACUACCACUGCUGUAAUUAGCACUUGAAUUAAUAUUAAUGUAUAAUGAGGUAGCACAAUUUUUUUAUAAUUUUAGAUUUAAUUUAUUUUUUUAUAAAAUUAUCUUGAUACUGAAUAUUAUUUAAAAAUUAUAUUUCAUAUUUUAUUGCAAUGCAAUAUGACUUAAUAUAAUAUUUUUAGAAAAAAAAUCUUAGAUAUUACUGUACUGUAUUGUACUUUACUGUAAUAUACAUGUACGUAAUAAGAAGAUGAGACACAACUGUGGGAAACACGUACAAUUGUUAUUUUUUCCCCUAUACUGUACAGAAAUUUUUCAAUUAAUGUAUCUUCACCUUACAUGGUCUUGUUAUAACAUAAUGAGAAAUUUGAGAACAUAUUUUGAUAUGUAGUUUCAAAAAUUGCUUAAGUCAGCCGUGGAAACAUGGCAUGAGGCUCUGUAGCUACCCUUUGGCUGGUAUACAUCCUUGUCCCCCCCCCCCUCUCACUAACUUCCCAGCUCCACCACCUUUUGCUACCAAGCCUUGAUAUAUAUAAUUUCCACUCAUUACCCAAAUUUAUAUAUCACCUCUGCAUUGAUGUCUUUUGAAAUCAAUCAAAUUUACUGUCAAUUAUGUUUUCUGUAUAAUCAUUAAUUGCCUGCAGUUCUUUCUUAUUAUUUUCUUCUGUAUUUAAACUACCUCGUCUGCUAUCACCACAUUCUCUGUUUACAGUGUAGUUCUGCUGUAUACUGUUAAUCAAUUUUGUGUUGACCUGACAUGAAGAAUUCUACUGCAGAUAUCUCAUAUAUUUCUUCCAACAUUGUUACUUUAAAUUGUAAUAGGCAAAGUUGUACCGUGAUGAUGAUGUUGGAUAGAUUUCUUAUGUACUGUACUGUAUGUGAAUGGUUUGUCAGAAAUACUUUAAUGUAGAUAUAUUUAAUGUAUGUUGAAGAGAUUGGUUGAAUGGGAAGUUUUAUUUCAUAUCUGCCAAAACAAAUAACAAGAAAAUACAUAGUAAAUGGUACUGAAGUAUAAUGUUUUUUUUAAUGUAAGACAUACAGUACAGUCUUGGUCCAUUCUUGUUAAAAUACAUGUACAAUCUUUGAAUCUUUGGUUGUAACAGUGCACUUAUAGAUGUAGAAACAUGUUAUUGGUGUUUUCAAUGCACAUUUUUAGCCUAAUUUUAACAUGUUAUAUUGUGUUUAUAUACUGCUGGUUGUAUUAUAACUACUAGUUAGAGGAAGAAAUAGAUUGGUGUGUAAUAUUUAUAUGUAUUAUAUGGUUAAAGUUAAAUUCCACAAGAGUAUAGGUAUUAUGGCUCUACUAAUACACCAGUAUUUGCUGUAUACUGUAUAUUAAGAUAUUCUCAGGAAUUAAAAUAAAGAUGUACUAAA